UCUUCUUGGACAUGUGUCUGUUCCCCCCCUCCCUAUCUCUCUCUCCCUUACUCUCUCUCCUUCCCUCUCUCUCCCUCCCAGUGUGUGUAUGUGUGUGUGUGUAUAUGUGUACUGGAGAGCAGAGCUCCUUACAGGCCAGUAGGAGGGAAUUAAAGCAGUGUGUUCGAUUUGCAUCUUGCACCUCAUGCUGUGCUGUUGAGAAGACACUGCUGUUCCCAUUUCACUUCAUAUUUCUUCCUUGGAUUAUUUACAAUUCCGAGCUGCCGGAUACGAGCGUGGUCUCAGAGAGGGAAGAGAGGUGUGUUCAUGUGGAGCUCAGCCUGGUGUCCCUGAGUCCUGCUUCUGUCGCCCGCGACCUUGCUCCGCUCAGCCGCCCACCCACCCACCCGCCGAACCCCGACCCCGACCCCAACCCCCCCGGCAUUCCCGCGGACGGCGCGGCGGCGCUAACGGGCUAACGGUCCAUCCUCCGCCGAGCCGGCGGGGAAGAGGGGGAGGACACCGAACCCAACCGUCGCUUAGCCCCCGGAGCCACUUCAUCCCGGGGCCGGUUGAUGUUACGGAUACGGAGCGCUGCAGACGCCGGGGAGCCGUUAUUCCUGGGAAAGAGACGCGGAGCGGGAACGCCGGGGCGCUGAGGGAACGACGGGACGCGAGGACAAGGCGACGCCGGUCUCCCGAUGAUUCUGGGUAGCAUAAACCGCGCGGGGCCGAUGCCUGCGUUUCUGCGGACGCCCACGGUCCUACAGCCACCCCUGGACAUGAAGGCCUUCCUGCAGUUCCCCCUGGAGUCCCCCCCUCCCCCCACGGUCGGGCUCUUCCACAACUUUAACGCGAUGGACCCAGUCCAGAAAGCAGUUAUCAACCACACGUUCGGCAUUCCCCUGAUCAAGCAGAAACGCCCGGUCAUCUCCUGCAACGUGUGCCAAAUCCGCUUCAACUCCGAGAGCCAGGCGGAGGCGCACUACAAGGGCAACCGCCACGCCCGGAGAGUGAAGGGCAUCGAGACCUCCAAGACCCGCCCCCAAGACGGCGACAAGCCCCCUCCCGCGCCCGCGGCCUCUCCCUCUCCCACAGGGGCCCUGCCGGUGACCCCUGACCCCGAGCCGGGCAAGCAAGAAGAAGCCCCGCCCCUCCCACAGAUGAACGGGAUCCCAUUGGCCACGGCCGCCUUCCCUCUCCCCGCCUCCUCUGUGCCCGAUGUCCCCAUGCCCCCUGCCUCUCCGCUCCCCGCUCCCUCCACCUCCCUGCCCACCUCCUCCUCUUCCUCUUCCUCCUCUUCCUCCUCCCCCUCCCCGGGCUGCAGCACCCCCCACCCUGAUCCCCCCGCCCCAGGGCCCUCGGCCACGCCCUCCCCGGCCCCCAGCCCGGCCGAGACGGAGGAGGACAAGGCCAAGAAACUGCUGUACUGCUCGCUGUGCAAAGUGGCCGUCAACUCCCUGUCUCAGCUGGAGGCUCAUAACAAAGGUACCAAACACAAAACCAUUCUGGAGGCCAGGAGCGGUCUGGGCCCCAUUAAGGCCUACCCCCGCCUAGGCCCCAAGCCCAGCACGGAGCAGGGGGGGCCCCCGGGGGACCCCAACACUCAGGAACGCACCUUCCACUGUGAGAUCUGCAACGUACGAGUGAACUCGGAGCUGCAGUUGAAACAGCACAUAUCCAGCCGGAGACACAGAGACGGUGUCGCCGGGAAGCCCAACCCCCUCCUGAGCCGGCACAAGAAGCGCGCCAUAGACCUCACGUCCACGCUAUCCUUCUCCAAGGACCUGCCGAAAGCGCUUGGGGCGGGGCUCCUCCCCAGCCCCCUGGCCGUUGCCGCGGCGAUGGCGGCCGCAGCGUCCUCCAAUCCGCUGGGCCUCCGGGCGACUGGCCCCGCCCACCCCCACGCACACCUGCUCCAGGGCCCGCCCCUCAGCCACGCCCUCCUGCGGCCCGCCCCCGGGCCCAUCCGCACCGCCCACGGGCCAAUCCUCUUCUCCCCCUACUGACGGACCGCCCCCCACCUGCCCCGCUGCCCGCCCCCCCCCCGUCCUCCCGGCCAAUCAGGAGCAGAGCUUCCCGAAAGCACACUGUGAUGACGCGGCGCGACCGAUCGGAUAACCAAUAAAAAAACAACACUCAGUGGAGAGAUGCAAAAAGGAUGAAGAGCAGAAUGAAAAGGAAGAGACGCCCCCGCCCCUCCCCACCCCCCCACCCCACUUACCCUGAACCUCCCUACGCUCUCCGGAACUUUCUGAGAGACUGACUGACAGCAGGAGUGCAGGGAGGCAGGGAUAGGUGCAAUAUGAGGUCCAGCGGGGUCCCUAUAAGUCCUUGCCCUCCUCCCCCGAGAUCUUCACUGUAACACCGUAGCAUAAACAAUCUAGUCGUAUAUCUGAAUGAAACGUGUACCUCUGUAGACCCUGUAGACACAUGCGUAGGCUGCUGACUGUCGGCUAUUCCUCCACAGCGCAGCGCUUAGGUUAAAGCCCCAUGGGCCCAUCCCGGCUUGAGCACGUCCUUCCCGUCGUCCGACGCCGGCGGAAAACUAUGGUAGAUGUUAGCAAGGUAGCCGCUUACAGUGACGUGACCCCCCUCCCCGUGCCCCUGCCUAGCUUUGGUCUGUUGUUAACGGUAGAACCGGUUAGCUUUACUGUGAACCUCCCGAUCCUGCACAUCAUUGGUCGGGACAAGCGACCGACCAAUCAGUGCGAAACAACAACAAAAAAAACAAACAUUCUAGGUACCCGAUGAUUAUUAUUGUGGGUAAAUAGUCAGUAGCUAUAUAACUGUGCAGCCAUACCCUUCCAUAAACUGAAGGAGGUGUGUGCACGUGUGUGUGGUGGGGGGGAGGGGGGUAAAUACUUGAAACCCUCCAUAAUCAGUAAGGGGGUGAGACAGAGGGUUUCAGGACACAGAACAUGGAGACGCUCACUGUGUACGGAAGGAGGACUCGAGAGAGGGAUGAAGAGGUGAUUAUGAAAUCAGCAUAAAAUGUCCGAAAAGGAAAAUGGAUAUUCCUGUAGACUGUACAGCAGUCAGCCUUUCUUCUCCUCCACAACCAAUCUUCUCCCAAAACAGAGAAAUUGGAAAGAAAGAUAGUCUCAGAGUAGCCCUUCGGAUUUUUUGACAAAAAAACAAAAAAUAAGCUCUAAAAUUCUGGUAGUUACAGAAGAAACAGUAAAUCUAUUGACGAAACAGGCAAUCAAUAAAGAGUACCAAUAUGGCCUAUUAAUGUCUGUAUAUAUUGUGUUUCCUAGUCCAUCAGACUAAUGGCAUAUAAGAGCGGUUCAGCUAUUUCAUGAUGGCUACCUUGUUUGUGCAUUCCUUACAAUUCAGAAUAAUCAAAUAGCUUUCUGGGGAUUAGCUCUUUACAGAUUGUUGAACUGUGUGUGUAUAUGUGUGUAUGUGCGGGUGUAUGUGUGUGGCUGCAUGUAUGUGUGUGCCUAUCUGCAUAUGCAAAUGAGUGCAUAAUUGUGUUGGUGCACGACUUUGUGUGUGUGUGUGUGUAAGUGUGUGUGUGCAUGUGUGCUUGUGUUAGUGAACCUGCACUGUGGGUCCUUAUCAGACCAUGCUGAAAGAGAAUUGGGUGGGGCACAAGGCACAAGGGGUACAGGACUUCUGAACUUUCCAGAAAUGUAAUUUGACUUCCGCCGUUGAACCUAAAGCCAUGCUUUGAUCCUGUGACACAUAUUGUUACUGUUGUUGUUCCUUUAGUUUGUCUUUAGUCUUGUAGGAAAAAAACUGUUACAGUAGCUAUCUGAAAACUGAAAAAAAGACUGACUAUUUUUCUAUUGUAUUAUUUGU